CAACUCCCGUACGGACUCGGGAGAGGAGAAGGUCGAGAGCCGAGACGCACUGAUCUACCGGUUGAAUAUGUGGGUAUAAAAGAGGACGUUUAUUUACCAACUUCACUUCAUCUGGAACCUCCAGCCUCAUCAAUCUGAUCCACUGAACUACUGAACCACACGGACUAAUCAUGAGCAAGAACUACAUGUCCAAGUAUGAUGAGAUGCGUAAGGGAGACUACAUGUGGUCCAAUAACAAGGAAUACAAGGCAGUUUUCCAGGAGGACGGUAACUUUGUCAUCUAUGGCUGGAGGCAGAUGUGGUCCUCUGACACCGCCGGACAGCGCGACGCCUACCGCCUGUGCAUGCAAGACGACAGCAACUUUGUCAUGUACAAGAGGGAUAACAAGAUGAUGUGGCAAACCAAGAGCCAGGCUCAAGGGUUCAAGAUGUGCCGCAUGUACCUGCGUAACGACGGCAACCUGGUCGUCGAGAAGGACGGAGAAGAAAUGUGGAACUCUUCUUCCUCCAAGGGUCACAAGCAGUGAACGUCCUGACUCGGUCCGAACGGGCAUCAAAGAAGAUGACCUCUGUACAUCUGUACCAUCAGUCAAAUGCCUUGUGUUCAAAUAUCCCACUUAGAAAUUGAGCAAUGUGCUUUGCAUGCUUUGUGUAAGUGUUAUGCUAGUGUGGUUAUUGGAACAUAGCCUUAAUGUAUCGGAUUCACAGUGAAAUGAUUAUCCAAUAAACCUUUUAAAAAUGCC